UCGCGCUCAUUCAUCAAACAUUUGAAAAAACUCGCCAAUCUCUCCCCCCUCUCCACCCUCGUACUAUUUCUUUCGCAGACUGCUACGCUCCACCGCGUCGGCGCUCACUCGCGCAGCCGCCCUUCAGAUCCAAAACCCAAACAAACGCUCGCAAAGAUUUGAAAUUUGUAAACCCCCGCCUUUUGCUCCUCAACCCCCCUUUCCCCCUUCUUUCUUAACGGUCCUCUCUCUCUCGUCUUUCAGCACCUUCGCUUCCCUCCAUUUUUUGUCUCAACCAUGACGGCUCCUCCACCCCCAUCUCCAGCCACAGAGCAACCCCCGGACCCGGCUUCAACAGGACCUUCCGCCAGAAACCACCGCUACAGCAGAAAGCAGAAGUCUCUAGGCCUCUUGUGCUCCAAUUUCAUCGUCCUGUACAACCGUGACGGCGUGACUUCAAUCGGCCUUGACGACGCGGCUUCGCGACUAGGUGUUGAGAGGCGGAGGAUCUACGAUAUUGUCAACGUCCUGGAGAGCGUUGGGGUUCUUGCUCGAAAGGCAAAGAACCAGUAUUCUUGGAAAGGAUUUAAGGCGAUUCCUAAUGCCCUGCAACAGCUAAGGGAAGAGGGUCUGAGAGAGAAUAUUUGUAACUUUGACGGCAACGAAGAUCCAAAUGGUUAUCAAAUUUCAGACGACGAGGAUGAUGCAGAAAGAUGUGGGAGUCAGCAGAAUGAAAACAACAACCCUACUCUCAAUCUUAAACCUAUGAACCCAAAAUCAGAUAAUAGAAGGGAAAAGUCGCUGGCGCUUCUUACGCAGAAUUUUGUGAAGCUCUUUGUGUGCUCAACUGUUGAAACGAUUUCCCUUGAUGAAGCUGCCAAAUUACUGCUUGGAGAUGCACACAAUGCAUCAAUGAUGAGAACAGCAAAGGUAAGGCGGAUUUAUGAUAUUGCGAAUGUUUUGUCGUCCAUGAACCUCAUUGAGAAGACCCACACGUCAGACACGAGGAAGCCUGCAUUUAAGUGGUUGGGAUUGAGAGGAAAAGAGGAGGUUCCUCAGGAGACUAAGAAGAGAGCUUUUGGCACAGAUAUAACGAACGUCAGUUCUAAGAGGGGAAAGGUAGACUCUUCUAUUGGUGGGAAGUUGGAUGGGCAAAAACAGAAGGGCCUAGUAGGUCAGGCUGAUAGGAGCAAUUUGGAAGACUCCAAAGAUGGUUCAAAGACCUAUCAGUUCGGUCCUUUUGCUCCUGUCACUAUUGCCAGAGCUGGGACUGAGAACACGAGGAAGGUUCAUGACUGGGAGAAAUUAACCUCUACUUAUUGUCCUCAGUAUCAAAACCAAGGACCAGGUGACAAUAGUGGGAGAAAGAGGAGAGGUGGAUAGAGAAAGAAACAUGACCGGAGACUGACUAGAUGUGGGAAGAACAGAACUGGAUAUCCAAACCCCAUGUUGAAACAAAGCCAAGAGGACAAUCGUACUAGCAAUAGGAAAACGUCUUAUAGCAGAAAUCGAAAUCAAAAUUAAGCAGGCCUUACAUGAUUAUUAUUGUCUCCAUUACUAUUGGAUGAAAAUUUACUAAAUCAUGUGUCUUGCUUCACGUUGAAGCUUUGAAGGACCUGUUUUCUCAUUAUAUGGAAGCAUGGAAGACAUGGUACUCCGAAGUUGCUGGGAAGAAUCCAAUCCAAAUUUCUUGAUGCUUCUCUGUUUGACCUGCGCUCAUUGACUCAAGGAAAUCACUUCAAUUCAACUCUUGUUAACCCGGCAGAGAAGGGAUGGCCCCUCCUAGUUGGAUGCAAACUCUAUGCACCAUGUUUAGAACGGCUACCCUCAGGACUACUACAUUUAACCGUCUUAUUUCGACAUUCUCACAGGAUUCUUGUAUUGGUUUCCUUUUGAAUCGGUGGCUAGUUAGAUAUGUGCGUAUGUUUUGUGUAUUCGCUAGAAAAAAUGGAGGGUGAAUGAUGUAAAUUCAUGUUUGGAAUUGGAAAGUUGGGCCAAUUAUAUAUGACAGAUUAUUGUGUGCUCAUUUCUAAAGUAAAUUACAGUAAAACUUGCAACUAUACAUGCAAGUCAUACAAAA